CAACCAAAACAUAAAACUCCUCUGAGGCAGUUGCGCUUCUUUCGGUGUAGAGAGUAUGAAAGCGUCUGGGAACUGUCCGACGACAGGAAACAUGGAGGAGCAGGAGAUAAGGCAGAGUGAGCUCCCGUUCAGCUUCACCCCGCAGCUCGUCCACCUGCACAAGGACCACGAGCUGUUUGAGGAUGGAGACAUCCACAGACACAUGUACCUGCAAGAUCUCUACUCCUCGGGAGCAGACGACAAACCAACGCCCAGUGUGUCAGAGUUUGCCUGUCACAUCUCUGGCUGCAGUGCAGUCUUCAGUACACUGGAGGAGUAUGAACACCACUACAACUCUCUGCACAGACAUGUUUGCUGCUCCUGCCGUCGCUCUCUGCCAAGUGCCCGGCUCCUAGACAUUCACAUUCAGGAGUGGCACGACUCUCUCUUCACUAUCCUUGCCCAGAGGCAAGACAUGUACCAGUGUUUGGUGGAGGGGUGUGGACAGAAGUUCAGGACUAGUAAACACAGGAAGGACCAUCUAAUAAGAAUUCACAAGUAUCCACCAGACUUCAGAUUUGACAAAACCAAAAAGGACAGAGGAACCAGAGAGACAAAGAGGCCGCAGCAGAAAGACACAGCCAUGGAGGUAGUAGAUGAUGUGUGUGAGUCUGAGGGUGUGUGUGAGGUUAUGUGUGAUGUGUUGUCCGACCAAACUGAGCAAGGGGAGUCCAUGGAGACACACGUGUCCGAGAAAGAGGCUGCUCAUAUGGCAGAGCCCGCUACUGCCGGGGAGCACGCAGGUCUUUCUGCUGCAGUUCACGGCAACGAGUGUGCAAGCACCAAGACUCUAAAACCUCGAUACUCCUACAGGGUCCCUACCACUGUGUGCUUCGGCCAAGGCUCAGUCCGAGGCUUCAGAGGACGGCGGGGAAGGAGGAAAUGAAACAACAGAAUUGCGCCUUGUGUUUGAUGUUCUUUUUUAAAAUGUAUGACUCAAUACCCUUGUCUUGUAA